UGAUGAACAUCAUCAACGUUUCAACAAACAAUGAUAUCACCAGGUGAACAACAGCUAUUAUUCGAACAAAUGAUUCGACAAAGAUUAAAUCAACAACAACAACAACAACAAGAUGGACAAUAUUUACAGAUAAAACAUCGUCCACCAAUAAGGGGUAAAAAUAUAAUUACACCUUACAACGGAAUGGAUUCGAAAAAUUUGACCAAAAAUAGUAUGAUAAUUUCCGAUGGAUUACGACCAUUAUCAUUAUCAUCAUCAUCAUCAUUAUUAUUACAACCAAAAAAACCAAAUGAAUCAAUGAUUAUGAUACAGACAAUAAAUCCAUUGAAUUUAGAAUUACCUAGAUAUGAAGCAGUAGCUAAUGUUCAUUCAAAUCAAUAUGAUUCAUCAAAUUUAUUACUACCAUCAUCAUCAUCAUUAUCAUCAUCAGCAAUAUCGAAAAAUUCCCGGUUAUCAAUAAUAAAUCCUAAUCGUUUAAAACGAUCAACAUCAUCGGAUACAUUUAUUUCAACAGAUUAUUCGACCGAUUCAAAAAAGAAAAAAGGAUUACGAAAACGUAUUUGGCAAAAUUUUAUUGUACUAUUAAAAGGAAAUCCAAAAAUGAAAAAAUAUUAUCUUAUUGCUGGUUUUUUAUUUCUUUUCAGUAUUGUUGUUAAUUUUAUUUUAUAUGAUCCAAUUCAAGAUCUGAUUAUGAAUUGGCAACUUCAAUUAGGUCCGGAUAAAUUUUUCUAUUCAUUUGGUUGGGCUACAGUACCAAUACCAGUAUAUUUGCAUAUCUAUCUAUUUGAUAUACGUAAUCCAAAUCAAUAUCUUAAUGGUGAUCGACCAAAUAUCAAAGAAAUUGGACCAUUUGUAUUUCAAGUUGGUCGCAGACGUAAAGUAGUUGAAUGGACUGAACAUACAGUAAUAUUUAAUGAAUUAUUUGAUGCUGAAUUACUUGUAGAUCAAUCAUAUCCGAUUAAUACUACAAUGCAUACGAUUAAUAUACCGAUAUUUGGUACAACAUCAUGGAUUUAUUAUUGGAUGCGACGUUAUAAAAUACGUUUAAUCGAACCAAUCAUACAGAAUAUAAUAUCAAUAGCAUUACAGGUAUUUGGUGAACGUUUAAUUACUGAAACAACACCAUGGGAAGUAUUAUGGGGACGGCCAGUAAAUUUAUUACGUUUUUUAAAUACAAUUUUAAUACCAUUAAAAUCAUUAAAUUUACCAUUACCGGAUUUUAGUGAUUUAAUAUCAUCAUAUGGUAAUUAUAAAUUAUCAAAUAAUUCAUUUAGUAUUAUUGGAUUAUUUGUUGGAAAUGAAUUCGGUCCAAUGGAACAUUAUCGUCAUAAUUAUAAAAGAUAUAAAACUAAUGAAGUUAGAAAAAUUCUUGGUGAAACGUAA